AUGGCCUGCUCAAGUCAGCCCAUGCUGGAGCUGCAGGGACCUCUACUCCCACCCAAGGACCUGGGGGAGGAGGAAGACGAGUAUUUAAGGGAGGAUGCGGAGGGGGACGAGGACACGGUGUUUCUCGACGCAGAGGAGCUUUGCAGUGGGGGCGUAAAUGCUGGUAGCCUGCCUGGGCUGUUCCGUGUUUCUGUGUUUGAUGAGAACACUCAGCAGAAAUGUGACGUGUUUGGACGUUUUCCAUUAACUGAUGCUUGGUGGCGAGUGAAGGUACAGGUAAAGCCUGUGGGAUCAGGGAGCUAUCAGGUUCAAGGAUUUCCAUCUUACUUUUUACAGUCAGAUAUGUCACCACCAAAUCAAAUCCACAUCUGUUCCCUCUUUCUUAAAGAGUGUAAUGUCUCCAGUGAGCAAAGAAUUAAGUUUUUUACAUGGUUAAAUAACAAGUCAAGGUAUAAAGACCUCAAUUUUGAAAAUCUUGUGGAAAACUUAAGAACUUGGCAAGAGGAAAUUGAAGGGAAUAGUAAAAAACAGUCUACGCAGAAAACACAAGAGCCACCACCAGAUCAUGAGAUGCCGCUUCCUCUGGAAUUCACAUUUCCAUUUAAAACGGUGAUGAGAGCUUUGCAGUUCCCCAAAAUAAUGGAAUUCCUUCCAGUUCUUCUGCCUCGACACUUCAAACAGCUCAUAACCUCAAAUUCUAUAGAGGUGUUGGAAGAGAUAGAAGAGAUUUUAGGUACACAGCCAUGGAAACUUGGAUUUCGUAAAAUAACCUACAGAGAACUGAAGCUCUUGCAAUGUGAAGCUAGUUGGACGUCAUUUUGUCAAUGCAAGUCUCUUUUCCAGUUGAUGACAGAUUUGGAGAAGAAUGCAUUAGUGAUAUAUUCUCAACUGAAGCAGAUAUGUAGAGAGCAGGGGCACACGUGUGUUGAAGAAGCUGACUUAACUUUUCAACUGUCGGACCUCAUGUCUUUUCACGAUGCUUGGCAGUCUCUGAAGUUCUUGAAGGAUAUUGGCGUGGUGACAUAUGAGAAGGGCUGUGUCUUUCUUUAUGACCUUUACCAGGCUGAGCGAGGCAUUGCCUCUUCAAUCUGUGACUUGAUGACCAGGCGCCCAUGGCAACUACAGGUCAAUGUCAAAAAGGUGCUUGCAUCUAUUUGUACCCUAAGACCUGAGAAUUCAGGAAGUGGUGAUACACUGAAUAAAAGUAAUCCUGAUGAAACAAGAUCAGAGGAUCUGGUGGAUACUUUGGACACGCAGGACAGCACUGACCAUAUUUGGGAUGAUGGUGAAAAUGAAGUGAAUGCAGAAAUGAGUGAGGGUCAACUGGAUCAGGACCAGGUGACUGCUUUGGACAUGAUUUGCUCCAAUGCCGUGACAGUCAUAAGUGGGAAAGGUGGUUGUGGGAAGACCACAAUUGUUAGCCAGCUUUUUAAGCAUAUGGAGUUGUUGGAAGAAAGAGAAGUGAAAAAAGCUUGUGAAGAUUUUGAACAAGACUGGAAUGUACCACAAGAAUGGAUCACCUUCACCGAGCAAAGUCAACAGCAACUGGACAAGGCUAUGGAAGUUUUACUUACGGCACCUACAGGGAGAGCAGCUGGCUUACUGAGACAGAAAACUGGUUUUAACGCUUACACACUGUGUCAGGUCAAUUAUAGUUUCUAUUUAUGGAAGAAAAAAAUAAAGACCAAGGACAGGCCAUGGAAAUUUUCGUCCGUUAGAGUUCUGGUUGUGGAUGAAGGGAGUUUGGUAUCUGUAUCAAUCUUCAAGUCAGUUUUAAAUUUAUUGUGUGAGCACUCCAAACUUUCUAAACUUAUUAUCCUUGGUGAUAUUAGACAGUUACCCAGCAUUGAACCUGGUAACUUGCUGAAAGAUCUUUUUGAAACUCUUAAAUCAAGAAAUUGUGCUAUUGAACUAAAGACAAACCAUAGAGCAGAAUCUGAACUAAUUGUGGACAAUGCUACAAGAAUCUCAAGAUGCCAGUUUCCAACAUUUGAUGCAGAGGUGAAUAUCUCUGAUAAUCUGACAUUCCCUGUCUCAAUACAAGAUAAAUCAUUUAUUUUUGUCAGACUCCCAGAAGAAGAUGCCAGUUCUCAGUCCUCAAAAAGCAGUCAUCAGUUUUAUUUAUAUUCUGCAGUUAGUACUUUACUCAAAGAAAAGGACCUAGAAGACGUGAAAACAUCACAAUUUAUUGCAUUUAGAAGGCAGGACUGUGACGUGAUCAACGCGUGCUGUUGCAAGCACUACACAGGACAUCUAAUCAAAAACCACCAGAAUAGACUUGAAUUUGGAGUUGGUGAUAAAAUUUGUUGUACCAGGAAUGCGUAUCUCUCAGAGUUACUCCCUGAAAAUACCUUCCACAGUCAACAAAAUAAUGAAUUAAACACCAGUGGGGAAGACUUUAAUGGUGGUACUCCUGGUUUUGCUAAAAAUAAGCAUGACUUUGAAGGUGGUACUCGACUCUGCAAUGGAGAAAUAUUUUUUAUAACAGCGGAUAAAACUGAUGUAACUUUUGGAAAGAGAAGAUUUUUGACCAUUAAUAAUAUGGCUGGCCUGGAAGUAACUGUGGAUUUUGGGAAACUAAUGCAGUAUUGCCACAUAAAACAUGCAUGGGCAAGAACGAUUCAUACUUUUCAGGGCUCGGAGGAGAAGACGGUCGUGUACGUGGUGGGGAAGGCGGGCCGUCAGCACUGGCAGCACGUGUACACCGCCGUGACCCGGGGCCGCUGCCGAGUGUACGUCAUCGCAGAAGAGUCUCAGCUUAGGAGUGCCAUCAUGAGAAAGAGCGUUCCUAGGAAAACUCGUUUAAAACAUUUUCUGCAAAACAAACUUUCCGGGAGCUCUACAUCUCCAGCAGAGUUUGCAUCCUCAUCAGAAAGCCCUGAAGACAGCAGGAGACCCAGCACACAGCCGUCAGCAUCUCCGCUCUCCACAGUCACGGCUGACACGGUGACAGAUGAUAGCCCCAGAAGUGAGGACUCUGUGGCUGAUGACACGCUGCUUGCCUUUGCUGAAGGAUGGGAAUUAUCUUCAUAUGAUGAAGUGGAUGCAGCUGAGAGUCCGUCACAACUGAGAGGGUCCAAAAGAACAUGUUGCUUGAAUGAUGCUGAAAGUCCAAGCAAAAUUCUUAUGGUGGAAGAAUCAUCUCCACAAGUGUCUUCUAAGCUUCAGAAUUUGAGACUAAAUAGUUUAACCCCCAGGCAACUUUUCAAAUCCACAAAUAAUCAAGAAACUUAG